CAACGAACUAAACCAGUCGAAUAAGCCCUUUGCUUUUUGUAAGAAAAAAAAAGAAGAGAAGCUAAUGAUCGAAGUUUGAAAAAGAAAUUGUCUCAAAAUUCACCAAAUCAUGAAUUUUACAGGAAAGAUGCAUGAAGAUGAUGGUAAAAUUAGGCCAUACAGGGUAAUUGUAGAUCCAAGAGAUCCUAUGAAGUACAGUGAACCAUCACCGAGGCCCUGCAGAAAACACAUAGGAGAAGAAGAUAAGAAAGAACAGCACAGAAUGAAUGAAAGAUUCAGACACCAUAAUUUAAACCUUGCCAUACAAGAAAUGGUUAAGAUUAUACCGUACCCACAAGGCGGUCCACCAAAGAAUGAAACCAAGUACAAUAUUCUCCAUCGAGCAAGUGCCUAUAUGAAUUUCCUGAAAAGCAAGAUCUCUGAAUUAAGCAAUGAAUUGGAUAUGCAGUGUGACUUUGUUGAAGGAUAUGCAGUGUUUGACAAACCAUUCCAUUCUGUUAAAGGUGGAAAGAAGUACUCAAUUCCAGCUUUUUCACCCUUGAGUAAUGAAGAUGUGGAAGGAUUGUUAGGCCGUGAACUGCCACCAACUAUCCCCAUCUACAAACCCAAAUCUAGAACUUGUAGAAUGGCACCCUCUACACCUUAUGUGUAUGGGCAUAAGGCUGCUGUAGCAACGCCGACAGGCUUUACCUACACACCAGUCAUGCCUUCGAAUAUCUCCACAAGUUUACAUCCUCUUGAUAAUCAACCCAUACCAGUGAUGGUUAGUAAUGCAAUGAUGUCAAAUACAUCCACACCAUUUGUUGUCAGUGUAUUCCCAAAUCCAUACAUAGCAAGUUCCAUUGGUGGAAGGCAGAUAGCACAUCCUAAAGCUCAGUUGCAGACUGUGAACAAGCAAGUCUUAAGUGGUGGAGCUUCAAAUAUCAAAGUCUUGGCACAAUGCGAUGCUACACAGAAUGAUGUUCCUGUUUCCGAUUUCAGUUCUGCAAGUCCAACAUCAAGUGUAUACUCUCUGACAACCACCACUUCCUCACCAUCUGACAUCCUGUGUGGAAAUACUCAAACUUCAGAGGAUUCUCUAGUGACCAUUUCUCAAGAGGAUAGGUUGUCACUGAUGUCAGAUGACAUACUGAUGCCAGGCUACAACCUGCCUGAGAACAGAAUUCUGUCAGAAGAUUCCUCCACUUUUGAUAGUAGUGACAUCUUAACCAAGGCUGAUAUUUUAACAGCUGUGGCAGCAAUGGAAACUACCACAAAUGAGUUAAAAGAGACAUCCUUUUCACCAUACGAUGAUGUAGAAGAUUUCUCUCCAAUCUCAGAUGUGCAAAGAAUUACCAAUGAAGAUGACUCUAAAUCUUUAGAAGCAGUCAGUCCAGAUGACAUCAUUGGAAUGUCCAUCAAUCCGUCAAAUACAUUUGAUCAAAGUGCAGAGAGUGAUGAAGAAUUCUUUCCUUUUAUGGAAGACAUCAAUGAGACAGAGCCAGAUCUCUGGUCGUUGCAGUUUCAAGACACUGCUCAGUCAACUCCUCCAUAUGGAGUGAACGUGAUGAUUCCAACCAACAUUCAGCAAGUUCUCAACAUUAUUAAUGGCCCACAGGAUGUGACAUUUUCUUCAGCAAGACUAGAUCAUGACAGAGCCGGCAAAUCCUCUUUUACAAGUUCCCCUUACAAAUCACCAAUGAAGCGGUCAUGGAUUAAUGGAUAUCAACUCUUCACAAAAAUAAACCACCAUAAAUUUCGAAGUUCUUGGCCAAAGAUUCAAGGAAGAGAAAUUACAAGGUUGUUGGGACAGGCAUGGAAAGAUUUUCCCAAGGAGUACAAAACAUUGUACAGCCAACAUGCCUGUGAGCUGAAUGAGUACAAUAGAAUCUUAAGAAAAAGAUCCAACAACAAAGAACAGGAGAACUAGUUAUUACCUCUAUUUGUAUAAUACUGCAGUUAAAUAAUUUGUUAUGCAAGGACCAAGGGUAUGCCAAUAGCCAACUCUUUAAUCACUUUUGUAUGUGGCAAACAUACAGUACACACAAGAUGCUCUGCUUACACUAGGAUUAAGCCUCAAUAUUACACUAGCAAGUGGAGUUGUUUUGGUUGUGAGAAAAAAUUCAAGGAAUUGACUAAAGGGAUUGGAAGGCAAGAAUUUUAAGCUGCCACUGUUAAGCUGGUUUCCUUAAAAUCUCUACACUGUCGCUAAAGUGUUUUCAGGGCAAUCGUUGUACCGGGUAGUAUUCGGGAUGCAAUCGGGAAGGCUCCCUGAAUUGUCCGACCAAUCAGCAUCACAGAAAGCUGUCAGCCAUAGCGUGUAGCGAUUGUAUGGAAACCAACCUUUAUUAUCAAUCACAUGCUAAGUUUUAGUAUGUGUGGUACAGUACCUUAAUUAGAGCCUGACAUGUGAUUGGCUAUAACAAAUACAUCUAUCAAUUCUAUGGUAAAACUAAACAUGGAGAAGGUAUAUAUAAAACAUUAAAAAACACAGUGCAAAUAAAAUUAUGUUGCCAUACAAAAGUAAUACACCCAAUUCAACAAGUUUAAAUGAAAAUAAUAGGUUCACAAUUGACUAUUAUAAUACUUUCAAUUUAAAGAAAAAUGAUAAU